CAACAACGUGGCACAAACACGUCAGCCACAGCGAUUACCUACCCCACCAUACACACAACACACACACACACACACUGAGAAGCGCACUUUACUCUUUCACACAUCACCGCAAAUCAGCAUUAACAUCCAAGUCAGCAGCGCUUGUCACUUCAGGCCAAGAACCCACACACACACCAAGUACUCCGCAUCGCUCCUUUGGACUCUCUCGUAACCAACGCCUGGUCCAAUGAAUCUGCUUUGCUGUUGUUGUUGCACUAACAUGGCACCGAAUCAACGCAUCACACGCAAAUGGGAACUGUUUGCCGGACGCAAUAAAUUCUACUGCGAUGGAUUGCUAAUGUCCGCACCGCAUACGGGUGUCUUCUACUUGACGUGCAUCCUGAUUACCGGCACCAGUGCGCUCUUCUUUGCCUUCGACUGCCCGUUUCUGGCGACAACGAUUAAUCCGGUUAUACCCAUCGUUGGCGCUGUACUCUACUUCUUCACAAUGAGCUCCCUGCUGCGCACAACCUUCACGGAUCCGGGCGUCAUACCGCGCGCCUCCAACGACGAGGCUGCCUAUAUUGAAAAGCAAAUUGAAGUGCCAAACUCGCUUAACAGCCCCACAUACCGACCGCCGCCACGCACCAAGGAGGUGCUCGUUAAGGGCCAAACGGUCAAGCUGAAAUACUGCUUCACCUGCAAGAUCUUUAGACCACCGCGCGCCUCGCACUGCAGUCUCUGCGACAACUGUGUGGAUCGCUUUGAUCAUCACUGUCCUUGGGUGGGCAACUGCGUGGGCAAGCGCAAUUAUCGCUUCUUUUAUUUGUUUCUAGUCUCAUUGGCAUUUUUAGCUGUAUUUAUAUUCUCGUGCUCUGUGACGCAUUUAGUUUUAUUGAUGAAAACGGAACAGGAGGUCUUCGAAGUAAUUAAGAAGGCGCCAUUCACUGUGAUUGUUGUGUUCAUUUGCUUCUUCUCGAUCUGGUCGGUCAUUGGCUUGGCUGGUUUUCAUACAUAUCUGACAACCAGCGAUCAGACAACGAAUGAGGAUCUCAAAGGCAGCUUCUCCUCCAAGGGCGGUCCACGCACGCAGAAUCCUUACUCACGCGGCAACAUUUGCCUCAACUGCUGUCACAUACUCUGCGGUCCCAUGACACCCUCGCUUAUAGACAGACGCGGCAUUGCCACCGAUGAGUACAUACAACAGAUGCAACAUUCCAGUCCGCGGCAUGCGCUGAGCGAUGUCAUAAGCGCCUCACAGCUGGUGACCACCAACCAGCCCAUGCUGAGCGGCAUUUCAGGCGCUGGCGGUGGCAUCAGCAUAGGCGGAGCUAACGCGGAGCUCAAGCCGCGUUUCUAUGAUGAGUCGAAUCCCUCGUCCUCGACGCUGGACAGCAAUGCGGCCGCCACGCUGGCCGCCAUGGGCAAUGGCUUCGAUCGUCCGCCCAGCUACGACAUGCUGCAAAACGGUAAGUCACGUCGUCAGCAUCAGCGCUGCUCCUUACAGACGCUGCUGCCUGCGAGCGCGCAGCAGCAGUUCAAAGCCAACAAGCACAAGCAGCUGAAGCAGCAGCAAAAGCAGCAGCAGCAACAGCAGCAGCAGUACCAAAAGCAACAGCUGCUGGCCGCCGAGCUGCAGCUGCAGCUGCAACAGGAGGCGUUGGUCAAUGGACUGCAUACGCCGCCGUCGCUGCAACGUUCACCUGCCACCUCCAGCUAUCGACUCAAUCUGAAGCGCUCGCUGCAUCUGCCGCUCACGCCUUCGUAUGAUACACGCAACUCGCCGCUGCCGCUGCUGCAUCAUCACAUGCAUGCGCAGCAGACCACAGCCAUAGGCAGCGUCACUGCCGCCGCCGGCGCUGGCAGCAGUUCCUCCACUACCGCGCCCACCUCAGCUUCCAUCGGCACUGCCACAGCGCCCGCGCUGGCGCCGCGUCGUCCCUCAACGCUGCAGCUGCAAGGCAGCGCCGCCAUCUCAGUGAGCACCAGCACCAUGGCCACCAUACAAACAUCAGCGCCCCAAGCGCCCGCGCCCAGCGACUUCAAGUACUUCUCGCCGCAGCGCCAGCACGACACCAAGGUGCACAAGUACGCCUUUCCCAAGCAGGCGCGUGGCAUGCGGCGUCAGUCGACGCAGUCCGUGGACUCACAGAAGGUCAACAUCGCCGGCUAUCAGCCGUUGCCCAUGCGAUCGCGGUACAAGCACCAGGAGGUGAUGUUCGAGUUAAAGUCGCCAACGAAUCGCUUGACUAUACGUGAAUGUGAUUUUGGCGGUGGCGGCGAACCCUGCGACGACGAUCAGUCGAUUAAGGAUAGCCAGAUCUUUCGUGUUAGUAAACGAAAUCUUUAUAUGAAUCAUCGGUCGCCGUGGAAGGAGCGCGAUCGUUAUUCCAAUCUCUAUGAGUAUUCAUUCAAUAUUGAUCUCAACUCGAUUAUCGAGGAUGCGGCGGGCAGUGAUUCGUCCUAGUACGCAGUCGUUGCUCUCAUUAUCGUUAUCGUUAUCGGUAUCUCGUUAUCAUUGUCCUCCCCACAAGCCGCAGCUCGUUCGAUCCAGUUCGAGAUCAAAAUACGCACAAAAACACGCACUGCCGCUGUAUGUGGCAAACUGUGGCCCCACUCGCAACCCACCCACGUAUGUUGGGUGUAUUGGGUGUGUUGGUGGCGCCACCACAGUUCGCCACAAGACUAUAUUGAUUGGUUGUUCAAAGCAAUUGCUGCUGUC